AUGAAGUUUGGUAAGAGAUUGAAGCAACAAGUUCAAGAAACUUUGCCAGAUUGGCGUGACAAGUUUUUGUCUUACAAGGAACUGAAGAAGCUUGUUCGUUUAAUUUCAUCGGCUCCACCUUUCUUGAAUGGAUCAGUUGAAUACGGAAAGGCAGAGGCUCAGUUUGUGCGUCUGCUGAACGGUGAAAUUGACAAGUUUAAUGCUUUUUUCAUGGAACAAGAAGAGGAUUACAUUAUUCGACACGAGGAAUUAAAGCAGAGGAUUCAGAAAGUGAUUGAUACUCGGGGGCCAAGUGGAAGUCAGCCUUCAGAGACAGAGUAUGAUGAGGAGAUGCGUAAGAUUAGAAAAGAUAUUGUCAAUUUCCACGGGGAAAUGGUCCUUUUGGAGAAUUACAGCAAUAUCAAUUACACAGGAUUGGCCAAGAUAUUGAAGAAAUACGACAAGCGAACUGGUAGGUUAUUGCGCCUUCCAUUUAUUCAAAAGGUGUUGGAGCAACCCUUUUUCAUUACCGAUCUCGUAUCAAAGCUUGUCAAGCAAUGCGAAUGCAUGAUAGAUAUAGUAUUCCCAGUAGAGGAAGAAGGAAGAGAAAAGGAAGGAAGAGAAGCAAUAACAGUUGCAGGAGAAGGAAUUUUUAGGAACACAAUUGCAGCUUUAAUGACCAUGAAAGAAAUUAGAAGAGGCAGCUCUACAUACAGCCAUUUCUCUCUGCCUCCUCUCAAUUUGCCAGAUUCUGAUCUCAUUCAGUUAUUUCAGCUCAAUUCUCCUAUACCCAUUGUCUAA